AUGGCGGUGUGGAUGCCUAGAGAGUUUCUUCAGCUGCGCAAGUAUACAACAAUUUCAUUUCAAUGUGGCUUUAGGAACUGGCAAGCUAAAAAAUUUUUGCGAAGGCAUAAGAAAGACAAUAUUUUCAUUGCCUAUGGCUGGUUUUGGUCAUGCUCUUCUCUCUGCUUGCCAUUGGUUUUCCAUGAAGAAAAGGCUGAAUCUCAGGUGCCAUGGAGAUCUCGGGUAGCUUCUCCAUUUCAGAAUGUGUUGCUCGGCAAGAAAGCAAUUGUUGAUGACAAGAAAAAUUGGAAUUCAGUUUAUGCAGUUCAAGUAGCAAAUGGUCAAAAGGUGUGCUAUGGUGACCUCAAGCGUUCUUGUUACAAGUUAGCUUAUUUCCAGGACUUGUCUAGACGUGUGGGCUUUCAGGAGGCCCGCCAAGCUUGUGAAAUUGAUGGUGGCGCUUUACUGAGCCUGGAAAGUGAAGCUGAGCAGCAACUAAUAGAAAACAUGUUGCAAAACCUCACUAAGUCAGGCUCUGGGAUUUCUGAUGGCGAUUUCUGGAUUGGGUUGUGGAGAAGUGGUGAUGGACUAGCCACCUCAGGUGCUUGCCCUGACCUCUACCAGUGGGCUGAUGGAAGUAUUUCACCAUUCAGAAAUUGGUAUACAGAUGAGCCUUCCUGUGGAAGUGAAGCCUGUGUUGUGAUGUAUCAUCAGCCAACUGCAAACCCUGGUCUGGGAGGGCCAUACCUUUAUCAAUGGAAUGAUGAUAGAUGCAACAUGAAGCACAAUUUUAUCUGCAAGUAUGGCCCAGAUAAUGUCUUAGAAAAAGAAUUAGGAGACAGAGCAGAACCAGAUUACGGUGUUUUUCCAACGGUGCCAGCAGGAAAUCCUUAUGACACAAGCAAACCAGAAGAUCAGUAUCAUGUUAUUGCUACUGAAACAGGUAUAAUUCCAAAUCUAAUUUACGUUGUAAUACCCACUAUACCACUACUGCUGUUGAUACUAGUGGCUUUUGGGACUUGCUGUUUCCAGAUGCUUCAUAAAAGUAAAGGAAGAACAAAAACCAGUCCAAACCAGUCCACACUAUGGAUUUCCAAGACGCCUAGGAAGGACAGUAGCAUGGAGGUAUAA